AUGGAGACACAUCAAGAGUUCACGUGGUCUACAGUAGAAAGCCAUAUCUUUGCCAGAAGGAGAAAACGAUCAGUGGACUCUAGUGAGGAUGUCCCUGAUCUUCUGGACAUGGCGCUUCAACUUUCUAAUACCAAGACUAUUGCAGGAAACAACAUAACCGUAGAGACACUUUCACUGCUGAAACAGCUAAGUGACUCGAUGCAGUCUCAAGACAUAGCUUCCUCGACUUUACUUGCAAACCUCAACAACAUUGUGAACUAUGGCAUCAACAGUGUCUUACAGUCUUUACUGUCAUCCUGUUCUGAAAUCUCCUGGAGUGUAUCAGAGAGACAGUCCAUGAUAAACUUUUCUCUUGGAGUUUUGGAUGAUCAACUGGCCAUGUUGUCGAAUCUAAGUCGGGAGCUGUCAUUGCAGACACCAAUGUUCUCAGUACGUUUGAAGAGUGUGAAUACAUCAGAGACCAAUAAAUAUGCCCUGUCCUGUACAAAUCCAGUGACGAAAGUAGUAUUCCCAUCUCAAGCUGCAUUGGGUUCGGUGCUUCAGUCUCUCCAGUCUGUUAAGGUUCAGUUGAUGGGUUUCUCUCAGAACCCAUUUAUUAAGGACUCCUCAUUCAAGAUCAGUGGCACUGUGGCCAGCCUGAGUGUCCUGAGUGAAAAACAAGAGCUUUCCCUGCAGAACUUGUCAGACACUUUUCAGAUAUUUCUCCCACGUACUGCAAGCUCGGGAAGUCAACCAAAUGUGAUCCAGACUUCUGCAGAUAAAGCUUUACAACUAUCUUUAAAGGUUACCCCCUCAGAAAGCACCUUGGUUGGACCUCAGUCUACCUUAACGAAUGUGCAGUGCCUGUGUAAUCACUUGUCAGUCUUCGGUUCAUCAUUCCUAGUUUUACCAGUGCAGAUCGAUGUCACUCGUACGGCAGAGUAUUUCUCUAAGAUCUCGGAGAAUCCAGUCAUUGUUGUCUUAGUGGCAUGCUUUUACUUCUGCUACAUCCUCACUGUCUUGUGGGCAAGACGCAUGGAUCUAAGAGACCAAAUGCAGAAUCGAGUGAUUGUUCCUCGGGAUAGUGAUCCUUGUGGAUUAUACCGUUAUCUUGUUACUGUAUGCACAGGCCACAGGACGGGGGCAGGGACCAGCGCCAAGGUGUGGCUGUCACUUUGUGGUACAGAAAGUGAGUUUGGCCCCAUCCUGCUCUCAGGCACCAGACGUCAGGUGUUCAGAAGCGGUAAUACUGAUGCCUUUAUCCUUUCUGUGCCAUUUCCUUUGGGUGAAUUGAAAAGCAUCACGCUCCGUCAUGAUGGCACAGGCUGUCAGAAAAGUUGGUACGUUGCUCAGGUUACUGUUCAGGAUGUCCUGCUCAAAAUGUCCUGGCAUUUUCUGUGUAACACUUGGCUCUCCCAGCCACCCAAAGGAGACUCUCUGAGCAAGAUCUUCAAAGUUGCCAAUGACCAAGAGUUACGGAGUUUUAGGUGUAAAAACUGCAAAGACCAGAACAUAGAGGCAGUGCGGCGAAUCGGAGCAGAGGGGAGCCAGAAUAUUUUCUUGAAAAAAACUUUAAGGGGCCUGCGCGAUGAACACAUCUGGAUUUCUAUCCUCAAUCAUCCAGCCCGUAGUGUAUUUACACGUGUCCAGAGAGUGUCCUGUUGUAUGUGUCUUCUCAUGUGUACAGUUGUCAUUAACCUCAUGUUCUGGGAGUUACCUCAAGCUACUUAUCCAGUGCUCAUUAGUGUUGGCGGUUUUACCCUGACAUGGAAGGACAUUAUGAUAGCCUUUGAAAGUGCAAUUCUCAUGUUUCCUGUCAAUCUACUCAUCAUUUACAUCUUUCGAAACACUCAGCCCAGGGAAACUAAAAACACAAAGACCAAAGCUAAAAAAGACAAACUAAUUCCCAAUGCCAAGAAGAGUCCAUCCUGCCAGCUAAGUUUCUAUACUGUUCUGGAGGACCUGUCGGGAGUAGUGCAGACUCUGAGUCAGACUUCCCGGAAUAAGUUAGAAGUAAAUCUGGAUCAAGAAACAAAUAAAAAUUUCACUGCUCUACUGCAGAACAUCUCACAUCUUUUACAAAAACAGCUAACGCCUGGACGACUGUCAUCUUCAGUUCCCUUGGCGCAGCUUUCUAGUGAUGAAUUACAUGCCUUGUUUUGUGCACAUUAUGUGUCCCGAAAGCUUAAGAAGGUGUCUCAAGAUGUUCAGCAGCUGGGAAGCCAGCAGGUCCCAGACCAGCAGCAGCAUGAGGAGUUCAUCGCGCAGUUACAUGCUCUGCUGCAUGUAAUAGACAAAUCUGUUCCUCCUUUGCCUGCACAACGGUCUCAACAAAAGCAGCAAGUGAAAAAGAAGCGACUGCCUUGGUGGUUCCUGUUCAUUGGGUGGAGCCUACUGGUCUCCAUCAGUGUUGUUUCUACCUACUUCACCAUGAUGUACGGGUUUCUCUAUGGAAAGAACAGUUCUAUACGGUGGAUUAUUUCAAUGGCUUUAUCUCUAUUCCAAAGCAUCUUUAUUCUGCAGCCACUUAAGGUUGUUGGAUUUGCUGUUUUUUUUGCUCUGAUCUUAAAGAAGGUAGAAGAUGAGGAAGAAAUUCUGGAGACAGAACUAGAGAUAUCAGAUGAGUGUCAGAAAAGUGAUGAGACGGCCCUGUGA